GCUCUUCACAGCAAUCCUUCAACUUUCACCAUGGCUUCGAUGGAAAAGAUCUUCUCUGAUUAUGACGCUCGAAAAUUACAUCUAGAGUCGAGCGAUAAUCAGUUCGCAAAGGGAGUGGCCUGGGUUGAGGGAGAACUAACCCCACUCUCUCACGCUCGAAUUCCUUUGAUGGACCAGGGCUUCUUACACAGCGACUUAACAUACGAUGUUCCAGCAGUGUGGGACGGGAAGCUUUUUCGUCUGGACGAUCAUUUAGAGCGUUUAAAUCUCAGUUGCGAGAAGAUUCGAUUGAAGCUUCCUUUGCCUCGAGAGGAGAUCAAGCAGAUCUUGAUGGAUAUGGUCGCGAAGAGUGGAAUUCGAGAUGCAUUCGUUGAACUUAUCGUCACGCGAGGAUUGAAAGGCGUGCGUGGAUCGAAAGGAGAAAUGGUGAACAAGCUCUACAUGUUCAUCAUGCCGUACAUUUGGGUUAUGGAGCCAGAAGUGCAACGAGCUGGUGGGAGUGCUAUCAUUGCGAGGACCGUGAGGCGUGUUCCUCCAGGGUCGAUUGAUCCAACGGUCAAGAAUUUGCAAUGGGGAGAUUUGACUCGAGCAAUGUUUGAAGCAAACGACCGUGAUGCAAUGCAUCCAUUCUUAACAGACGGAGACGCCAAUCUGACAGAAGGAUCUGGAUUCAAUAUUGUACUCAUCAAGAACGGUGUCCUCUACACUCCCGAUCGCGGCGUCUUGCAUGGUGUCACUCGAAAAAGUGUCAUGGAUGUUGCAAAAGCCAAUGGCAUCGAAGUUCGAGUUGAGGUGGUACCUGUGGAACUUGCUUAUCAAAGUGACGAGAUCUUCAUGUGUACGACAGCGGGUGGAAUCAUGCCGAUUACGGUCCUUGAUGGAAAGCCAGUGAAUGAUGGAAAGAUCGGCCCUAUCACAAAGAUCAUUUGGGAUGGGUAUUGGAAGAUGCAUUUUGACUCGGCAUACACACUUGCUGUUGACUAUGGAAGAGUAUGAGGUUGGGUUGAAAGAUGUCAAGAUCUUCUGAAAGUCAAAGCUUUAAGGUUUUGGAUAAUUUGCUCCAAUGCAAGUUCCAUCUGCACCGACUUAUUCACCAAAUACUGAGUAGGCGGUGCAUAUCCAUCUCUACAACUACUUCUGAAUUUCAAG